AAUGAAGCUUAAAAAAAAUGAUGACUAAAUGCAUUAAGUAAUUUUCAACUUGAAAACCUAGGAAUAAUAGAUGCUAUAUAAUAAGAAAUAUGCAUUUUUUACAUUGUCAAACGAUAAAUAUGUCUAAAUUGUUUGUGAAUUACCCAACAUUUUCACUGUAGAAGAUGCUAUAACAUUCACUCUUAGUCAAUUCUAAUUGGAAAUAGGUAAAAAGAAUCAAAAUAAUUACUUAGGAGAAAACUUCAAACCAAAAAAAGGAGGUGAUUACGUAUUAAAGAUUUCAAAAAAGUCUGGGCAGCCAAAAGAUGAUUUGCCAAGUAAUUAGCUGGAUAUUAUUUUGGCAUAGAUUUAGAUAAUGAAUAAAUACUGUUCGAAACAGGGAGUUAAACAUUCACUUUAGUGUAGAAAAAUAAUCUAUAAAAUUCUGAAAAUUAAAAAUAACCUUAAUCUUCAGUGACUACAACAAUGUGCUCGUAAUAAGAACAAUAGGAUAUAUCCAUCAAGUCUAGAGUAUCAUAUACGAAUGGAUUAAAUAAAGGAAAAGUAGUCUCAUUAUACAUAUUAUUCUACAUAGAAACCCAUCAAAGAAAAUGAUAAGAACGAAAAGAGCGGAGGUUUUUGCUUUUUCAAUAAGUGUUUUUGA